AAUUAAUGUCAAAGUUUUAAGAAAAAGAAUCGAUUAUAUAGCAAAGGUAUAAUUAGUUGCAGUAUAUUUGGAAUCCAAUCCUCCCGAGGAAGAGGGUAAAUGUUUAGGAGUCUGAUAGAGAAUGGUAGAGAGGCCAACUACCAAUCAAAAUCUUUGUCCAAACGAAACAGAAAACACAAGUCUUUUAUAUACAAUACGAGUUUCCUAUACAACACGCACGCACCUUCUUCUAGUCCCAAAUCCACGUAUCUCUCUACAAUCAUUCUUUUCCUUUCCACCGACGAACUUUCCUCUCUCCUCCCUUUGUAACAAAACACGAACGUUAGAAACUGAAACAGAAACAAUCCCUUCCAACUUUAUAUGUUGUGAAUUUAAUUAUAUGGACAGCUAUGUGCAGGUCCCUUUUUCACAUUGAGGCUUGGUGAAUUUGAUCCGAAGGAGGAGACAAGAAAGAAUAUGCAUUCGUUGAAAGACAAAGUCUCUAAUCAGCUCUCUCGAAUCUUUGCUGAUUCUCCUAAUCAUAAUUCUCCAUCUUCACCUCCUGAUAAUUCUCAGGCCAGGCCAUUUUCUAGUGGGGGAAAAUCAUUCUCUUCUUAUUUUUCUUUUGGCGUCCCUUCAUUAAACCUUGGUGGGUCUAAAUCAAACAAGCAACAACAGGACUUAAAGCCACUUCAAUCACUGCCUGUUAGAUGGGGUAGUAAAGGUUUCAAACAGCAAGAUGGUUACACAGUUAAGUAUCAUGAAUGCAACACAUUAAAAGAGAAUGAGAAUCUCCAAUUAUCUCGCACAGAUGGUAAAGAAAGUAGCAAAAUUUCAGUGAACAAAGGAACUGAUAAAAUCAAUGACAUCAAUGAGAAUGGUGAAUCUGGAAGGAGCAGUAGUGACAGUGAUAUAUUUGAGGAAGCACGUGAGCAGCAGACUCCACGGAGCUCUUUACCCGAUCUCAUGGAAGAAUCAUCUUUUAUUUCCUCAGAAUUGUAUGAAUUCCUGCAGUCUUCCCUUCCUAAUAUAGUGAAGGGAUGCCAAUGGGCUUUGUUAUACAGUACGUUGAAGCAUGGCAUAUCACUUCGGACUCUUAUUCGCAAGAGUUCUGAGCUUUCUGGCCCUUGUUUGCUGAUUGUUGGCGAUAGACAAGGUGCUGUAUUUGGCGGUCUGUUGGAAUGUCCAUUAAAACCCACACCCAAGAGGAAAUAUCAGGGGACAAACCAGUCAUUUGUAUUUACAACUAUAUAUGGUGAACCAAGGCUAUUUAGACCAACUGGUGCCAACCGUUAUUACUACAUGUGUUUAAAUGAUUUACUAGCACUUGGUGGAGCUGGCAAUUUUGCUUUGUGUGUAGAUGGAGACUUGUUAAAUGGAACUAGUGGACCUUGUGAUACAUAUGGGAACUUAUGUCUGGCCCAUAAACCAGAGUUUGAACUAAAAAAUGUUGAGUGGAAAUGGAAUUGUGAUGACAACAUUGGCGUUAGCAAUGGUGGUAUUGAUGACAGCCUACUAGAGGUGAUAGUGCGGUGGUGGUGCUGGCGACAAAUUGGUGCAAACAUAGUGGCACGGGUGCCAGACUACGAAGUGAUGAACUGAUAAUUUUAAUAGCAGCCGUACCGGUUGUGACACACAGAUGCGGCAGCAGCAAUGAUGAUAAUGAUACCAAGUAUGAAUACUAGGCGGUAACGAUAAUGGUGGUGAUAGUGCCUAUACAUGUGUAGUAAAUGGAUGAUAUAACUAGUGUAGUGAGGGGCCAUAUGUGAGUAGCAUGUUCUCCAAGGGAAAAAACAAAAGGCUAUGUAGUCUUGCUGCUGGAUCAGUGUCAAUUCGAAGUACCCUAAACCUGAAGGUAGUAGCUUCAGGAUUUUUUUUUUUCUUAAUAAAUUUUGGGGUGCAUCAGAAAGUGUAGCUUCAGUUGUUAAUUGAUGUACCUCUUGCACAAAUUAUGAUCCAAGUUUUUACCAAGCCUCAAA